CGUCUUCUUCGAGCCCGCUUUUAGUUUCUCACUGGGAGAUAUGGCGGGCGGAUGCCAAAGCAUGUUUCUCGCACUUAUACUGUGUUUCUACCGGGCACAAACAGCUCUAGCUGUGUCUCACUCUCUGUUAUAUCAGUACAUCUUGAACGAGGGGAGUGCGGAUCUUCCGGAGUACAGUGUUGCAGGGUUUUUGGAUGGCUGCGAGACAGACUAUUAUGACAAAAAUAUGAGCAUAACUGUCCCAAGGCAGCAGUGGCUGGCGGGCGCAUUUGACAAGAAAUACUGGGAAUGUGCCACCAUCACUCAAGCUGGCUUCCACGGCCUCAUCAAGGGUCAGGUCGAUAGCUGGCUUCAGAAGAACAACCAAACAGCAAGUAUCCAUUACGUACAAGGACUGUUUGGCUGUGAGCUGAUUGAUACAAAGCCGAGUGGAGGGAUUUUGAAGUUUGCUCUUGAUGGGAGGUACGCAUUCAGUUUUGAUAAAAACACGUUGGUUUGGACUGCACAUAUUCCAGCAGCUCAAGAAUUAGAGGUCAAGUGGAAUAAAGAAAAAAAAAUGAACAAGUAUUUCAAGAGCCUGUUAGAGAAGGACUGCGUGGAACUUUGGUGGACAUACUAUUCAGUUGGGAAUAAAUCCCUAACCAGAGAAGUUCCUCCCGAGGUGUCAAUCAUUGCCAGAGGUGGGCAUCAUUGCUUUCUACAGUGCAUUGUGCGUGGAUUUUACCCGCAGGCCAUCCGUGUGACCUGGCUGAAGAACGGAGAACGUGUCCCCGAGACCAACUCGACCGGCUUACUGCCCAAUGAAGAUGGGACGUAUCAACUAACGAAAACCCUUCAAUUUGACCCGUAUGAUGGGAAACAGUAUUCCUGCCAUAUUGAGCACAGCAGCUUGCCGGGUGGGAAGACUGUCUACUGGGAAGGAAAAAUGAAGGAAGGCAAACAUGUGGGGCUGAUUGUCACUGGUGUACUGGUGUUACUGGCAAUCAUUAUUCUGUUGUAUGUAAAGUGGAGAAGGCGAAAAGAUUACAACAUUGUUUAACCAGUAUCUGCGAGGGUCAAACGCCAGACUUGAAUAGGAACCAAGAACACACUGAAAGUAGUCUGUGAAUCAAUUGCUCUGCGACGAAAUCUAAUGUAAUUGCAUAAAUAUUUUACACAUGUUUUCUGCUUCAAUUUAUUAAACGAUUAUUCCUUUGCUUAACAUUGCCAAGUCUGACCUACAAUUGCAUAAGCUACCGCUACAUAAAUAACGAUAGUGCGGAAUAAAUGCAUUUCUGGCAAUUAAAAUAUCUUUUGUGAACAUCUAUACGUUCCUAAUUAGCAGAAGCUUGAACAUUGGCCUCAGGUAAAAGUCUCCACUUGUGCUUUGAAACAGUGGAUACGGAAAUAUUCAAUCACUGGACGCCCAGUCGAGCGUGAUCCUUUUCACAUACUCCGGUUCACCAGCCGAAUCCGCAAUCCCGAGUCUGCUUCUCUCUCUCCCUAAGUGAAGGGGAGCGACGCCAAUGUAACCCCUCUGCUGCUAACCCUUUAACUGCAGUGGGAAUUAGAAUGAGACGCUUUCCAUAACCUCUGACUAAUCUGCAAAGCGUGUUUGAGGCACCAGCGGCAAGUGAACUACAUCUCCAGAAUGUCGAGUGGAAAGUUAAAGUAACUGCAAGCUACAAAUGGAUGUGGGGAAUAUUUUCGAGAGCAGGUUAAACAUCGAAGUGGGACAUAACUGCAAACAUACGGUCCACUGACUUCGCCUCUUCCAGAGAGGGAUGGUCCACCUGAGCAGGGAUAGCAGACCGGCCGCUUAUUACGCCUGACCUUCAUCUUCAUGGAAUAGAGAACUGUGUGGAGCAUGUAACAUGUCUGGUGUAGUCUUGUCUAUUUUGCACAGUAAAAAUGGAAAGGAG